UUCCAAUCAGUCUUGUUAUAAAUAACGUAACAACUUAUGUUUCACCAUGAGUGCUGUCAGCUGUUGUGUGAUAUGGCAACACUAGCGUGGUGAGUAAAUCAUAAAAUAGAAAACGCCGAAAGGAAAGUUGAAAAGUAAAAUAUGAAAAACAAUAAAAUUGAAAAUAUUGUGUGCGUUAAACAAAAACAACACGAAUAGUUAAAAUAAGAAGGAAAACUUUUCCAAUGAAAGUCAAAUCUAUACAGAUUUCUUUGAUUGGUGAACUGCGUGGAAAAAAGUGCAAAUAGAAGACCAGCAGCACAAAAGCUUGUGGUCAGGUGCAGUGGCACUACAAAUUGGAAUAGGUGUAAUUGAAUUUAAAGACAUGUUUGCAUAUGUAUAUUGAUAUUAAUGUACAAAAAGAAAAUUAGCCAACAGGCAAUUUGCAAUUGGCACUUUUACGUGAGUUAUAGUCUCGUGUCGUCUGCAAUCCCUAUAUACUUGUGUGCAUACAUACGUAUAAUUUUGAAUUCGCACAGAAAUUGUUUAUGAGUGUACGCAUUUGUAUAAAUCAUAAUGCUAAUGAGUUAUACUGUGUGGAGGGCAACGAUAUAGUGAAAGUUACCGAAAAAUUCCGUGCAUGGCUAAAGAAGGUCACUAUUUGGGUUCCGGAAUAUAGACGCAAAGUAGGUUGUUUGCUGCAUGAGCAUAUGAAGGAAAAGUGUGAAGAAUUGAGUUUUUGUGGUGAUGUGGGUUGUGUGCGGAAAAAAGCUACUACUAUUUUAAAUUUGACGGUUAAUGGCAAUGCAUGGUUUUUUAUUGCGUUUGUGGCAUACUAAUAUUGAUGGCAGACGUAAUAUUUUGGAAUAUGCAAGCAUCAGCCUUCCGUUUAUCAAUCCAUUAUAAAACUCACUUGAAAUAUGAAUAAUUCCCACAUUUUUGCAUGAAAUUUUUGUUUAAAAAUAUGUAGUAGAAAUCCUCAAACGUCUGGUAGCAUCCCGAUAACACCGCACAUAGUUAUCGUUGAGACGUAUGUAUAAUAAUCAGCUGUUGCCUUUCCUCAAUUUCGGCCUUAAGCACAUAUAUAUGUACAUAUGUAUCUACAUACCAUUGUCAUUUUUUUGUGCAAAUGAGCCAUGGGUAAAAUUUACCUGCGGUUUUGAUCUGAUUUCAAAUUUAUAGUUCGAUAGACGGAAGGACAAAUGAAUUGGAAUUUGUUUGUUUAGUGCAAAUUAAUCCGAAAUGUCUCAAUUAAGUGAUAAAUUUGCUGCAUUCUUUUGAGAAUACGAAUAUGUGCAAACACAUAUGCAAGUAGUAUUGUACAUAAUCACUUAUCUUUAGAGCAUAUAACUGGAAGGCGCAGGCAUAAACAAACCUUGUCUACAUACAAACAAGAGAAGAAAUCUAAGAAAUCAAUACUGGUUUAAUUUAUCGGAGAAAACCAAUUUUCGCUAUUGGCUUUUGUAACUAUAAUGGUGGAUAAAGACGAAGACAAGAAUAUUGUAACGAACAAUAUAGCUCAUAAACAGGAACAGAAUAAGAUUGCGCAAAAAUCUCAUAACUUAUCAUCAACAGCACCAACAACAACAACAUCCACAUCUUUACAAAACACCUCUAAUGCAGCGGCAAGUUCAGGAGCUAGCUGCAAUCAAAUUGCAGCAAAUUCUUCACACCUGGUAGGCAGUCAUAACCAUCCAAAAUUGAUACCCAUACAGAGUGUACUAAACACCACCGACUCACACCAUCAGAAUACUACAGCAGCUACACAUCAAGCAAAAGGCCAUGAUAAUACCACAACUUUUCCGCAAUUCAUUACCGGCGGUGCUAGUGGUGCCCAUACGCAAGUGGCCACAGAGUUGCCACACGAAGACGAAGAACGGCUGGAGAAGCUAUUCAAUACGCUUGAUCGGGACGGUAAUGGACGUAUAGACAUUCAUGAUCUCUCUGAAGCAUUACGAGAGUUUGGUCUCUCAAGUGUUUAUGCCGAGAAAUUUCUGGAACAAUCCGAUAUUAAUCAAAGUGGUGAUGUUGGCCUUGCAGAGUUUGUGUUCUAUGUGCGUGAGCACGAAAAGAAUUUACGACUACAGUUUUCACAUCUGGAUAAAAACAAAGAUGGUAAAGUGGAUUUGGAAGAGUUAAUAGACGCUUUUAAAGAUUUGGGCAUUGAAGUUGACCCAGAGGAAGCUACAAAUCUACUUUCACGAAUGGAUCAAGAUGGCAGUUUAAAUAUUAGCUUUAAUGAAUGGCGCGACUUCCUAUUAUUGGCACCAUCCACUGAUAUUCACGAUUUGAUCAAAUUCUGGCGGCAUUCUACUUACCUUGACAUUGGUGAAGAUUUAAAUGUACCUGAUGAUUUCACGCAAAGUGAAAUGCAGACCGGCAUGUGGUGGCGCCAUCUGGCGGCUGGUGGUAUUGCAGGUGCAGUGUCGCGUACAUGCACAGCUCCAUUAGAUAGGAUAAAAGUGUACUUGCAGGUUCAAACACAUAAAGCCGGAAUCUCUGAUAGUUUAAGAUAUAUGCUAAAUGAAGGAGGUCUCCGCAGCAUGUGGCGUGGCAACGGUAUAAAUGUGCUAAAAAUUGCCCCCGAAUCGGCGAUCAAAUUUGCUGCUUACGAGAAGAUUAAGCGUUUAAUACGCGGCGAUGAGAAGCGUCAGAUGACGAUUGGUGAACGUUUUAUGGCUGGUGCAGCGGCCGGUGGCAUCUCGCAGACGAUCAUCUAUCCGAUGGAAGUAUUAAAGACACGCUUGGCCUUGCGUAAGACCGGUCAGUAUAAGGGUAUAUUGGAUGCAGCGAAAAAGAUCUAUUUAAUGGAGGGUGUACGUAGCUUUUAUCGUGGUUACAUUCCGAAUAUGUUGGGCAUUAUUCCUUAUGCCGGUAUUGAUCUGGCGGUCUAUGAAACUUUAAAGAAGAAGUAUUUAAGUAGUCAUAAUACGGAACAACCAAGCUUUCUCGUGCUGUUGGCAUGCGGCAGUGCGUCCAGUACGUUGGGACAGGUGUGCUCGUAUCCAUUGGCGUUGGUGCGCACACGGCUGCAAGCGCAAGUGAUCACCAAAAACAAGCUACCCAGCGUGGGUAUACCCUUGCGGCAAGCGGGCGCUAUAAAUGACGACAACAUGUUCGGUGUAUUUCGUAAAAUUCUACACAACGAGGGCAUAUGUGGCUUGUACCGUGGCAUAACACCGAACUUCAUUAAAGUACUUCCAGCCGUUUCGAUCAGUUAUGUGGUCUACGAGUAUUCGAGCCGUGCUUUGGGUGUGAAUAUGACGUGAUCCCUCUACGUUAAGCGCAAUGUUAAUAAAUCAAAUAAACAACAAUUGAAUGGUCUUGUUACACAACAACAAUAAAAACGGCGCUCAGUUGCACACUUAUAUACAUAUAUAUUUAUAUAUCAACGAAUACAUAUGUAAAUAAUAAUGAGCUAGCCCUAAGCAGUACUAUUGUUGUACUUUUACUCCCAGUCUCUGCCUAUAUUUAAAUGCAACCAACAUUUGUAUAAUUCACAUUACUUUUUUUUUUGUUUUUUUGUUUUCUGUUAGUAAUAUUGUAGUGAUAAUUUAGCAAAGAUGCUCCGCGUGAUACUAAUUGCUAAUUACAUACAUAAACAAAAACAAAGAGAAGAAAAAAAAAACGAAAAACAAAACAUAAGCAAACUGCAAAGUAAAGUAAAGUAAAAAAAAAUGAAAGUAACAGAAAAAGAGUUUUCAACAGUGAAUUGAGAAUGAGAGUCGUUGACUUAAAUAUAUAAAUUAGUUUAUAUAAACCGUACUGUAUAAUAAUAAUAAACAGUUAGCUUAUAUAUAUGUAUAUACAUACAUACAUAUAUGUAAUAAUGCUAAAUAUUUAUUUCUAAUCUAUUUUUUACACGCAAAAACAAACAAAUUGCAAAACACAUGCAAGUUAAAGGGAGGAAGCGGAAGGAAAUCGAAACGAAUGUAUAACAUAGAUUUUAAUUUAUUAUUUAUUUAGUUAAAUUAAAAUUGGCGCAUGUAAGUGAAAAUGUGUUUAGGUAUAUUUAUAUGUAUGCAGUAUGUAUGUUAUUGUAAAAAAACCGUUUUCAAAUAAACAAACCCGAAAAGAGAGCGUGCAUUUGCGGCACUAAGAUUUAGAUUUCUUUUUUUGUUAUUUUAACUGGCUGGCAGUAGCGAGUGUGUUAACGGAAAGCGUAAUGAGAGCAAAAAUGAAAAUGUAGCGAUGUGGCAACCCUUUUAGCUAAACAAUUUUACUUUUUAACUUGCUCUUUACAUUUAAAAAAAGUAGCUACUUUAAAAAUAAUACACAUAAUUGAAUAUAAACCACAUUUAACAAAUUGGUAAGCGUAAAUAUUGCAAACAAAAUAUGUACAUAUAUACAUACAAGCCUAAUAACUAAUAUAUUGCGUCAUUAAAUGGCUGUACAGCUGGCAACACUUACCAUUUGUAUUUUGAUUCUUUAUAUAUUAAAAGCGAACAUCUUAAAGAUAAUACAGAAUUUAAUAAAAUUUAACCUAUUUAGCAUUACUAUCAAAUAAUAUACUUAUAUAUAUAUUAUAAAUUUUAAAUUUAAAAAAACUAAAAAUCCAAACUACAUAUAUACAUGCAUACAUUUUGAGGCUGCAAUUACGAAGCAACAUCGCAAUAAGUCUAACUUCUUAACAUAAAGAACUGAAAAGCUGUCGUUAAGUUUUAAGUAAAAAUCACAAUUCAAUCAAAAAUAAUGCAAAAACAAAUAUAAAAAAUACUAAGGAAAAACUUACAUACAUACAUACAUACAUGCAAACAUGCAUACAUACAUACACAAAUAGUUAUAAUAGCAAAGAAAUGACGAGAUUAUUGUAGCAUAUUUUUUAUGAUGUAAACAAAUAAAUAAACAAAUAAUGUAGAUGAUUUCACAAAUCGGUAAAUUGUAUAAUGUAGUUAAUGAUGAAUUACAAAUUAAAUGUGUCUAAACAUAUUUUUUUUUAUAUAUGCUAGCCCUUCGAUUAUGCCAAACUGCAUUUGUAUUCAUUGAUUUCAUAUACUAUGCAUAUAUAGUGCGCAUAUACAUACCUAGAUAAAUACAAAACAUUGAAAAUUGUAUGCAAUAAUACAUUAACUAAAUGAGAAUCGAAAAAUAAUAUCAUGGAAAAAGACCAAUAGCGUAAUAUUAAGCAGUCUCUAUAUAACUGAUACAAUAUAAUUCUCUCCAUUUUCUGUCUCUCUUUCUCUCUCUGGUUGACUUAUUUGUUUGUGAUUUAUGCAGGACUCAACUUACAAAUUAAAAAUAAAAAUUUAAUUGUUUAAAACUAAA